UCAACAGCAAAACAUUCCCCGAUAUCCCAGCCAUCCCUACACCCAAGAACUGCAAGAAUGAGCAAGCCCGCCGGAUCAACAAGUCGCAUUUUGGAUAUCCCAUGCAAGGUGUGCGGUGAUCGCAGCUCCGGUAAACACUAUGGGGUUUACGCCUGUGACGGCUGCUCGGGAUUUUUCAAACGCAGUAUUCGUCGGAACAGAACUUAUGUCUGCAAAUCAGGCAACCAGGGUGGUUGUCCUGUAGACAAGACUCACAGAAACCAGUGCAGAGCCUGUCGACUAAAAAAGUGCCUGGAAGUUAACAUGAACAAAGACGCUGUGCAACAUGAAAGAGGUCCCAGGACGUCGACCAUAAGGAAACAGGUAGCGCUUUAUUUCCGUGGACACAAGGAAGUGAACGGAACCGCCACUUACCCAGCGGCUGCAUUACCUGGACCAGCUUUCUUCACUGCUGUCACCCAGUUGGAAACACACAACAUCGACCUGACCCCUGGGUCCGACCGCCAGACUUUGGUGGGAUUGCCACAGCCAACUCCGAAGUAUCCACAUGAGGUGAAUGGCACGCCAAUGUAUCUGUACGAGGUGGCAACUGAAUCGGUCUGUGAAUCUGCAGCCAGGCUUCUCUUCAUGAGCAUCAAGUGGGCCAAGAGUGUGCCAGCGUUCUCCACACUCCCAUUCCAGGAUCAGCUAAUACUUCUGGAAGAUGCCUGGAGGGAGCUCUUUGUUCUGGGGAUAGCCCAGUGGGCCAUUCCAAUUGAUUCCAGUACUCUGUUGGCUGUAUCUGGAAUGAACAGUGAUAACACCGAUUCACAAAAACUGAGCAAAAUCGUUGCGGAAAUCCACGCUUUACAGGAGGUGGUGGCGCGAUUCCGACAGCUCCGAGUUGACGCCACCGAAUUUGCCUGUUUGAAAUGCAUCGUGACUUUUAAAGCUGUUCCCACUCACAGCGGCUCGGAGCUGAGGAAUUUCCGUAACUCCGGGGCCAUCGCAGCUCUGCAGGACGAGGCUCAGCUCACUCUCAACAGCUACAUCCACACCAGGUACCCAACGCAGCCGUGCCGUUUUGGAAAAUUACUUUUACUUCUACCAGCUUUACGCUCUGUGAAUCCCUCUACUAUUGAAGAAGUCUUCUUCAAGAAAACCAUCGGAAAUGUCCCUAUCACAAGACUAUUGUCAGACAUGUACAAAUCUAGUGAUAUUUAACUGCAAAAUUUUCAUCCAGAUAACCAACUUUAUCAUACUAGAAGUGGCACUGUCAUAAGCUCGUGCAUUGUACUUGCUGAACUAACAGGACUCGUAACUAUGACCGUCAAAAUGUGUUUGUUUUAUAUAUCACACUUACAAAGUGAACAGGGGCUGUUUGUUUCUCUAUAGCACUCUCCAUUUAGCCCCUGAAGCUUGCCUGUCUUUGAAAAACAAAACAAGAUUUCUAAACAAUCAUGAACUUUUACAAUUCACUUAAAGGAUGGCACUCAUGGCAUGUCUCGUAAAAAAAUAGUUAGGGGAAGAGACAGAGAGGCUUUUUCCUCUGUUGCCAGUGUUGAAUGCUCAAGUCAGUGUCAGGUAAUGGGUGACUUGUCUCAGGUCUCCCUGGAUCUGGCUUUUAGAAUAACAUUGACAACUAUGGAUGCUUUCAUGACCUGAAAACUUAAGAUGUUGCAGACAGAACAUUUCAAAUGCUGAAUCACAAGGUGGCAUUGAGGAAAGAUGCUGGAGCUGUAAGUAGGGGCAGUUUGUGUCUCUGCAUUCACAAUCUCUAUGCCAUACGAAAACAACUGUAUCUUAGUCUAUAUAUAAAAAGCAGUUAUAUUAUAGUGGUUGUGUUCUGCAGUAUACUUACCCCUGAAAUUGUUAGUAUGUACUUUUAAUUUCCCUUUUUAACAUCUCAAAGAUGCUUUACAAAAAUGGGUGUAUGCUCACACUGGGUGUGUAAUUAGACAAACCAAAUGUGAAGUGUGAAACGGAGGAUCGAGCCAGCUGUUCGCUGGUGAGUGGCGAAGUGCUGAAACCAAAGGGGAUGACAGCCUGAUUCUCGCUGGGUGAACCACAUGCACAAAGGUGCAACAGCCAGAUCCUCAAAUCUCAAGGUCAACCCUGCAAUUCUCAGACAAGAUGAAAGACUUGGCAUUCCAGAUAGAGGUAAUAUUGUGGGAAAAACACAGACUCCUUAAAAGUGCCUUUCCUUGAGGGAUUUGGCUCAAUUAUCAGGAACAAUUGCAACCUUCCGGAGUUGCUAUUUUGAACUCUGGAAAAACAGGCGUCUGUGAUACGGACAACAAAAAUCAUCUUUCAAUCAGGAGGAAUGGAGAGAAAUGACUUUAAACUUAGCAC